AUGGUGCUUGCUCGAAGUGGAAAUGACGACGACGAUCGGUCUUUCCAAUUGACACUAUCGUUCGUAAACGAGUGUGUGGUCGAUAGUGAAGAGGAAGAGGAAGACGCAGAGGCGCUGAAGAGGACAAUCCUUUUAAUGCAGCGUGGAGACGAAGAUAUUCCAUCGCCCAGCAGCUAUAGCCCCGUGGCUAGCGUCCCUAUUGGAUUUGGAACGUCGCGUAUGGCUCCAUGUAGCUUUGAGUUGACGUCUGCAAGAUCGGCUACGACUUGUGAGAUAGUAAGUACUCACCAAGAAAAGAAGCGGAGACGACGAAGAGGAGAGACCCUUGAGCGGAAAAGGUUGUGGCAAACAACUGGUAUCUGUCAUGACGCCAACGGUAAAGACAGUCGACUGGAACUUGCUUAUCUUGAACAAAUCGUCGAGAAGCUUCAGCUGGAGCUGCAGGUUCUGCAGAGUCGAUCGAGUCGUCAAGAAGCUGCUCGGUUCCAACGUCUUGGACCUGCGGAUGCGAUCGAAACAAUGCGAGAUACGCCGAGAGUGUGGUGCGAUAUAUCAGGUCGACAGCACAGGCGGCUGAAAGUAAGUGAGCGUGAAAAUGCUCGUUUAAGACUUGCUGUGCAACAACAGCAGGAGGCUGCGCAUUGGAUGCAGAACUUGGUGCGGAAACGAGCUAGUCACUUGAUGAGUGACUGUUCGUCCUUCAUGGAAUUUGACGCCACUGGAGAGCGUUUUGUCCGCAUGCUGAGCUCUCAGUGUGGAGAUGCAGGAGACUUUCCUCUUUUAUUUCGUCAUCUUGAGACGGCACGUCAAGAGGUAGAUGCCGUGUUCACUUCCAACGGUCUGACGAAAAUGGUGCUUACUCCCAGCGACGUGCACCUUCGCGACGGUGUCAACGGCAAGUACCUCGAAGCGUUCUCAAACAAGGUGCUACCUUUCGAGCUGCGUGCUGUGGCUGAGGCUACGUGGGACCACUUCAAGGGAGGGGAGAAACACCUGGGCAAUGGCAAUAUCUACGAGAAGACCGCAAAGAGUUUUGAAGAUCCGUACACGAUUAUGGAGGAGUUUACCAAGGAGAUGCACUCCAAGAACGCUCGAGCAGAUAUAAAGGCGCAACAACUUGUUCGCCGCUACACGGAACCCGGCCGAGAUAUUAUUAUCUGGGUGUCGGUGGCAAAACCUGCCGAGAUUAAGCACAAGAUGCUGCGUGGACUUACUUAUCAUCUUCGUGGCUACGCCGUGACGAAGCGUUCUCCAGCAUCGACACCGGAACACGAGCUAUCGCAGUUGCAGUGUGUCUCGCUGAUCCCACUAGAACCAGAGGCUGAGGCUCUUCACGGCGCCGACACCGUACGUGCUGUCACUAACUUUCUCAUUGUGACUGCAGUUCAAAAGAUGCAAGCUCAUCAGGACUGUAUUGAGAACGCCCUCGUGGACAAGUAA